AGGUGGUGUUGUGUUAUUCGGAGCACUGUCGCCCUCUGCCGGUUAAAUGCCUCGCUGCGGCGCUGCUGGGAGUGAAGGGAAGAUGGCGGCCGGAUCCGGAGCGGCCAGCGGCGGUCACAGCGGUGUCCGUGGCUCGGCGGCCGCGCUGGAGUCAUCGAUGGACCGGAGAUUUCAAGGAGUCAGCAACACGAUGGAGUCCAUACAGGGAUUAUCUUCGUGGUGCAUCGAGAACAAGAAACACCACAGCCUCGUCGUGCGCUGCUGGAUGAAGUGGCUGAAGAAAUCGGAUGCCAAUCACAGGCUCAAUCUCUUCUACCUCGCUAAUGAUGUUAUUCAGAACUGCAAAAGGAAGAACGCUAUCAUUUACCGAACCACCUUCGCUGAGGUGCUGCCAGACGCCGCCCUGCUGGUCAAGGAUGCAAAAGUGUGUAAGUCAGUGGACAGGAUCUUCAGUAUUUGGCAGGAGAGGAACGUUUAUCCUGAGGAGCUGAUCUCUGAGCUGAAGGCCAGUCUGCAGAAGAAAGAGAAGGAGAAAGAGAAGGAGAAAGAGAAAGAGAAGGAAAAGAAGGAGAAAGAGAAGGAAAAGCAGAAGGAGAAAGUGAAAGAGCAACAGCCUUCUCCUGCCCCUGUCAACCCCAAAACUGCUCUGAAGUCUAAAAUUGUUGCAGAGUUUGUACCGCAUGAUUUUGUAGAGCGGUUAAUGUCUUACAAGAACUCUCUGGACGAGAGUGAUUUAAGAGAGAAGCAAUUAGCUGCUCUCAGAGUGGACGUCUGCAGCACUGAGGCCCUCAAAAGGUUAAAAGAUAAAGCAGGAGGGAAUAAGUUCUCAAAGGACUUUGAGGAGGGAAGCACAAAGCUGCAGGAAUUUGUGACGUUCCUGGAGGGCCAGAUAAAAGCAGGACCCCCGCUGCUGGAGGCACUGGGAAACGCAGACAUCUUUUACGAGAUGCAAUACAAAGAGGUCAAAAUUGUUGCCAAUGCAUAUAAAGCUUUCGCCAAUCGCGUCAGUAGCCUGAAGCGUAAGCUGGACGCUCUGAAGGCUACAUUGCCCAGUCUGGAUGACUCUCCCAUCCCUUCCCCCUCUGAAGACGCCCCGUCCCCCACCGGCUCGGAGUCGCCCUUCCAUGGCAUGAGCUCCAGGAGCGGUUUGGGUAGUGGGGAUGGAAAUGGAAGGAGAGGUUUGGAGCAACAGAAGGACAACAGAGAUAUAGAGGACAUGGACAUGUCUGAGGAAGAGGAAACGACAGCAAAUGCUGGAAUCGUUGUUGAUGAGAGAAAAGAGAAGUCAAGUCUUCCACCUGUGUCCAAGGUUACAAAUGCUACAGCAACAAAAAGCUCCCAGAUCACUGCUUCUAAACCAUCCCAGAUUUUAGCAACUCCAACAAAGACGGUGUCUGUGUCAUCAACCAAUCAAACACCUCCUGCAAACACCACAACCAUUACGACCACACCUGUAUCUGCCCCUGUCGUUAGCCCCUCCCCCCUGCAGGUGAACUUGGCCAAUGUGGAUCUGGGCAAGAUCAGCUCCAUUCUGAGCUCUAUCUCCAAUGCAAUGAAGACCACCGGUGAGUUUUCCAAUUGCAGAGAACAACAGACAGGUUCCAAAGGGGUCAGUCCUGUGUCCCGUCUUUCCCCUGGCACACCUACCACACCAUCCAGCCAUGCCUCCUCCUCCAAAGCCCCUCCUUUGACCCCUGGCAGCAUUCCCUCAUCAAAUCCUCUGGCUAGCAUCUUGUCUAAAGUGGAUUUCUCCCCCGAGAACAUCCUGAAUGUUCUCACCAAAACACAGACUCACAGCCCCAACCUGCAGGGUUUGUCUUCUCUCCUUUCAUCAGCUCGUUCAGGUGCUCUCACCACCCCAGACCCUGUUCCGUCUUCAUCUGCCUCUUCUUCAUCUUCAGCUGUCACCACAGCUGCAGCAACCUCCACCACAGCGACCCCACCAACUCCGAAGGCCCUAAAGCCCACAGGCAACAAUUUCAAGCGAGAGUCUGAGCGAGAGAAAGGGAGAGAGUGGGAGAAGGUAAAAGAGAGGGAAAGAGAAAAAGAAAGGGAACGAGUUAAAGAGAGAAAAAAAGAAAGUGAGACCGAGGCUGCGGUAGUGCCCAGCCUGGAGUCUAAGAUCAACAGUUUCCUCCAGGGAAAUCCUGGUUUCAGCGCUCUCGGACUUGGCUUGGAUGAUGUGGGCAGCAAUAGCCCUCUCCUCGUCGGUGGGGAUAACCUGGAUGGCACCCCUGUCCGAGAUGAGAGCGGUAGCACACCCACCCAAGAUGAAAUUAUGGACUCGCCCCAUGUACACAGUGAACCCCAGAGUGCAGGUCUGUCUGGAGGUCAUAACCUUUCGCCUACAGCCUAUCACAGUGAUCCCUGGGAUGCCGUGAUCACUCCACGAGAGGCUCUGGGAGAAAACGAGCGGAAAGACAGGGAUUACCGCACACCACCACCCUCACGACUUGCCGCCUUUAGCCCAAAUACAACUAAACCGGUCAAGGCCAUGACUAAAACCAAAGAGGAAGAAGGGUUGAAGAGAAAAGUUGUUCCAUCAGCUACCAUAGUGCAGGAUUCGAAAAUAAAGGCAAAGAUGGACGGAGAUGGAGAGAAAAAUUCAUCCUCCCGCAAACCAAGUGACGAUGGGAUGAAAGUCAAGGAAAGGAAAGCUUCAGCUGACAAUGGAGACCACUACCAUCGCAUUGAGACACUUGUUUCUUCAUCCUCCAAUGAGGGAGCACCAAUCGAAACCCUUGAUUAUGGCAACCGCAUCCAAACUGUGGAAAGCAUCCGUGUGGUUGGGAGAGGCCUGAGAAGAGGGAGCAGUGCGGGUUCUAGAGUGGGCGGGGCCUGGUAUGAAGAGGAGGAGUUCAUGGAAGCCCCACCUCCACAUCGCCCUGCUAGUCGCAGCCAUGAGAAUUCUGAGGAGUUGGGAUUGGUCCCCCCUCUUCCUCUUCCUCCCCCUCCUCCUCUUCCUGCUCACCUUCCGCCCCCUUUGCAGUAUCCACCUCCACCCUAUCCAAACGAGGACCCCACACGACCUUCUCAUGGCAUUCCUCAACACCAUCCUCCCCCUCCGUUUUUUCCCUCUUCCAUUCCUCCUGUCCCACCACCCCUUCCUCCCAUCCCUCAAACCCCACCUCCUUCCAGAGACUUCCCCCAUUCCUCAAACUCCACCGUUAUGGUUGGUGGUGUCCUUGUACCUAUAGACAGAGUCCUACCCUAUCCACCUGCCAACUUCCAUCCUGAUGGAGCGGGGCAUGGAGGUAGCGGUGGCAGUGCCCCUCCCAGAGGCGGCAAACCCCAACUCCCUUCCUUGUUAGGAGAUCCCCCUCGCCCAGGCACGGUGAAAGAGCAGUUUGUUUUGCGCCAUACCCCACCUCUUCACCGGCCCGGCACCCCAGGAGCUCCUCCACCCCUCCUGGGCAGAAUUCGAGAGGGACCCAGUCCCACACCACCAUCACCCUCUACCCCAACCACACCUACUCCUUCAUCCCCUUCUGGGGAACCACAUCCUCAUUUGUCUGUCCCCAACCGCCUACCCCUCCACACCCAAAAUCAGAGACCCCGCCGCCCUUCCUCCCCUCUACCCCUCCUCCAAUUACCAAACCAGCAUCACACGCGUCAUUCCCCACAGUUUCCCAGAGGUUCCUUGCCCCCUAACCGUGAACCCCUUCUACCUGGGACAAAGCGUCCUGCUGCUGGUUUCGGCAGUGGGCCUUUCAACCCGCCCAAAAGACCGUUCCUGCCCCCUCGAUAUUAGCAUCUCAGAAUGAGUGCUAAAUGCUCUCUGUACAACCUAAAAUAGGAAGUGUAGCAAGUUGCAUCACCUGCUAAUUGCAGUGUGAGUUAUACUGCAUGUAAAUACACAUGCACCAACACGCCUUGCCCCAUGUUACAGCACUACUCUUCUCAGAGAAAGAAGUUUUCAGAUACCCUAAAGAUGAACUAGGAGGAGGAGAAUGUGGAGAUCCAGAAACAUCCAUGGAAUAUGAAAGAAGGCAAAAGGUGGUUAUCCUGUUCGAUUGGUGUAAUGUGAGAGAGUGGUUGUGGAGUGUAUGAGUGUGUGUGUGUGUGUGUGUGUGUGUGUGUGUGUGUGUGGUCUAUGGAUGACUUGUAAGUAGAUAUGCUGGCUAUCUCUUUCCUUCCAGUAACUGUCCCUUCGCUUCUCCAUCUUAUAACACUUGUUUUUUUUUCUUCUUUUUUUUUUUUUUUAAUGUAAAAUACUUGUUUCUGCUGUUGAGGGGUUACAGAUUAUUGUUUUUUGUCUGUUAACCUGUUACUCGUUCACUUUGUGUGCAAAGCCAGUGGAUUUCAACUUUUUAUUCCUGAGUGAUUAAAUUAUUGACAAAGAUGUAAUGCUGGGCAACCAUAAUGGCUUGUAGUGAUAAAAAAAAUAUAGCCACUUUAUCAACCUUCACCAAGAUGUGAAGAUUUAGGCUCACAUUGCGUACAAUAUAAGCUAACCAAGUGUUCAAGGCAUAACUACUCGGUAGUUUUCCAGUGCUUUUCAAGAGUUCCUUUGCGUUUUUCUUUUUUCUUUUCCUCUUCUUCUUGAUAGUUCUUACAUGUAUUCUGAUUAAUAAAAGCAUUGUGACAAGAAAUAUUAUUGAAAGGAAGGAGACUUUUCUUUACAGGUGGUCUCAUACUUUGUUCAAGAACAAAUGUACCUGGAUUAUUUUCUGUCAUUUUGUUUUUACUUAACAGCAAUUCUGUUCUCUCCUGUAAGUCUUCUAACUUCAUGAUGUUUUCAGGAAUGUGCAGAGCUUGAAUACACGGCUCUGAAUAUUAUGUUCAAAUGAUAGUUGAGGAAAGAAUUAGUUUGGUUUCAUUACUUUCAGUUUCCCAUUGUAUCUGUUAAUCUUAAAUCAGUUCAUCGUCUCUAGGAUGUACGAUAAUGACAGUUAGUUUAACCCUUUAUCAUGUACACAUGAUUGAAAUGUUCUACACAAGCCACACUUUCAUGCAUUGCAUUUUCAGAAUGUGAUGUCACAUGCAUUGUUCAUAAAACGAAAGCAAAUACAUCUUUUCACAACAAUGUUGAUACACUGCUUUCCAACAAAAUGUCUGACAAUUUAAAUGUGAAUAUAACAUGUACAUUGUUGUAGUUCUCAUGCAUUGUGUAAGAAAAAAAAUAGUUCUUCAAGUGCUGACGUUGAAUAUUUGAGGAGUGUGUUUUGGUGUCUUCAUU